AUGUCAGCCCUCCGCGCUGCCCCGGGCGUAUUUGAGCUGAAGCGCAGCAGCUCCUUCCAAGAGCCACAAUUGAAACAAUACUCGCUGGGACAGGAUGAUGAACCAGUCUCACAAAGUGAUGCACCCCAGGAGAGUGACUAUGAGGAAGAGGUGGACGAAUCAGUCCGAGAGGAUAUGAGAAAGCUCGAAGACACAUUCCCAGGAAUCUCGGAUCGGUUUCGUCUGGUGAAUAGGAUCGGAGAAGGUACAUUCUCCACAGUCUACAAAGCAGAAGACCUUCAUUAUGACGCACACCAAAACGACUGGGAUGUCUUAACACCAGCCCAAGACAACUAUGCGGAGCCUCCAUCCAAACGACGGCGAGUUGAAGGCGAGCCAACCGGACGGAAAAAAACGAAAUUCGUCGCAUUGAAGAAGAUCUAUGUAACGAGUAGCCCACUCCGGAUCCAGAACGAGCUAGAACUGCUGCACGAUCUCCGAGGAUGCGGGUCUGUCUGCCCGCUGAUCACUGCUUUCCGAUACCAGGACCAAGUGGUCGCUGUAUUGCCCUAUUUCCCCCAUACCGACUUUCGCAUCCAAUACCGCACAUUCAUGGUUGCAGACAUGCGCCAUUAUCUACGAUCCCUCAUGACCGCCUUGAACUCGGUACAUGAACAUGAUAUCCUCCAUCGUGAUAUCAAGCCGACUAACUUUCUCUACAAUCCAGAUCUGAAAGAAGGUGUCCUGGUUGACUUCGGGCUUGCGGAGCGCCAAGGUUCAGAAUACAGCAGCCCAUGUCUAUGUACUCACCAAAGUUACGUCCGGCGAAGCCGGAUCCUUUCAAGCUACUACUCCAAGAACCCCCCAUCCACGGGAUUUUCAGCCGGCUACCCCAAGAAUGAUUCACGGCCAUCACGACGAGCGAACCGCGCUGGAACUCGAGGCUUCCGUGCCCCGGAAGUUCUCUUGAAAUGCACAUCACAGACCACAAAGAUUGACAUGUGGUCAGUGGGUGUCAUUCUUUUGACUCUGCUGGGACGUCGGUUCCCCUUCUUCAACUCUGCCGACGAUAUCGAUGCGAUGAUCGAAAUGUCGAGCAUCUUCGGCACCCGACGCAUGAAAACCGCCGCGGCCAUGCAUGGACAGAUUUUUGAAACAAAUAUCCCCACCAUCGGCGAGAAAGGCUACAGCUGGGAGAAGCUGGUGAAAUGGUCCAGCUGUGUGGAAGAUUUGACGGAAAGCGAGCAGCAAGCAACACGCCUCUUGUCUGGACUGAUGGAAUUGGACCCGUCUAAGCGGCUCAGUGCCGCGGACGCCCUGCAGCAUGAAUUCUUCACGGAUCCCAUUCACCAUGAUGUGGAAUGGGGAGGUAACCCAGAAGAAAGCGCAGAAUCAGGAGAGGAGGAGGAGGAAGAUGAUGCAGAUGAGGUUGCCAUGCUAUGA